AUGAACUAUAAUUUGUUAAGCUCAAGUGUUUAUCAUUCUGAUAAAGUUUUAUUUAUAUAUUUAUCAACAAUAAUGAAUGAUGCAGCUGAAGGCAUAGUUCAAGGGUUUCAACAUUACAUUGUAAUGCUUGGAACUACUGUAAUAAUACCUUCUAUACUCGUUCCUCUCAUGGGUGGUGGCGACGUGGAGAAAGCAGAAGUGAUAAACACAGUAUUGUUCGUGUCCGGUAUAAACACGUUGUUGCAAAGUUUGUUCGGAAGUCGACUUCCCGUCGUCAUCGGAGCUUCUUAUGCUUACGUCAUCCCUGCUCUUUACAUCACUUUCUCUUACAGAUUCACUUACUAUCUCCAUCCUCACCUGAGAUUUGAAGAGACAAUGAGAGCAAUCCAAGGAGCUCUAAUCAUUGCUUCUAUAUCUCAUAUGAUAAUGGGUUUCUUUGGCUUGUGGAGAGUCUUGGUCAGGUUUCUUACUCCUCUUUCCGCUGCUCCUCUUGUGAUUCUCACCGGAGUUGGCCUCGUCGUGUUCGCGUUUCCUCAGCUUGCGAGAUGUAUAGAAAUCGGACUCCCAGCGUUGAUCAUAGUCAUAAUUUUAUCUCAGUAUCUUCCUCGCUUGUUCAAGUGUAAGAGAUCGAUAUGCGAGCAAUUCGCUGUUCUGUUCACCGUAGCGAUCGUCUGGGCUUAUGCAGAGAUUCUGACAGCAGCCGGAGCUUACGAUAAUAGACCCGACAAUACACAGCUCAGUUGUCGAACGGACCGGUCAGGUCUCAUUAGUGCUUCACCAUGGGUGAAAAUUCCAUACCCAUUGCAAUGGGGACGUCCAAGUUUUCAUGCAAGCGAUGCAUUCGCAAUGAUGGCAGCUUCUUACGUGGCGAUUGUCGAGACGACGGGUUCUUUAAUCGCCGCUUCAAGAUUUGGUAGCGCCACUCAUAUCCCUCCCUCGGUGCUUAGCCGUGGCAUCGGAUGGCAGGGCAUUGGCGUUUUGCUGGAUGGACUGUUUGGAACAGGAACCGGUUCCACAGCUUUGGUUGAAAAUACAGGGCUUCUUGGGCUAACAAAGGUUGGGAGCAGAAGAGUGGUUCAGAUAUCUGCUGUUUUCAUGAUCUUCUUCUCCAUUUUCGGGAAGUUUGGGGCUGUUCUUGCAUCAAUACCAUUACCGAUAUUCGCAGCACUGUACUGUGUUCUAUUCGCCUAUGUCGGGCUUGGCCUUCUUCAGUUCUGCAACUUAAACAGCUUCAGGACUAAAUUCAUCCUCGGCUUCUCCAUCUUCAUCGGUCUCUCAGUCGCACAAUACUUCACCGAAUAUCUAUUUGUCUCUGGCCGUGGACCAGUUCACACUCGUACUUCUGCUUUCAAUGUGAUAAUGCAAGUGAUAUUCUCUUCCGCUGCAACGGUUGGGAUAAUGGCGGCGUUUUUGUUGGACUGUACUCAUAGCUAUGGGCACGACUCGGUGAGGAGAGACAGUGGAAGACAUUGGUGGGAGAAAUUCAGAGUAUACCAAACUGAUACUCGAACCGAAGAGUUUUACGCAUUGCCUUAUAACCUAAACCGAUUCUUCCCUUCUUUCUGA